ACCCGGCGAAGAUGGCGGCCUCCGGCUGGGCGCGCGCGGCGCUGCUGCUGCUCUGCGCCUCCGACCUGCUGCUGCUGCUGUCGCCACGCGAGGCCUGCGCGGCCGAGGGCCCGGCCGGGACGCCUGGCGAGGCUGGCCCUUGGUGUGUUGUCGCCCGGAAUAAGGAAACGUAUAUGGAGGCAUUUCGUCGACUGCACAUUGACUUGUCGGACAUGGCGCGGCUUCUGGAACAGUGGGAGAAAGAUGAUGACAUAGAAGAAGGAGACCUUCCAGAGCACAAGAGACGCCCUGCGCCCGUCGACUUCUCAAAGAUAGACCCGGGCAAGCCUGAAAGCAUAUUGCAGAUGACGAAGAAAGGGAAGACGCUCAUGAUGUUUGUCACCGUGUCGGGAAGCCCCACCGAGAAGGAGACGGAGGAGAUCACCAGCCUCUGGCAGGGCAGUCUGUUCAAUGCCAACUACGACGUCCAGAGGUUCAUCGUGGGAUCAGACCGGGCCAUCUUCAUGCUGCGUGAUGGGAGUUACGCCUGGGAGAUCAAGGACUUUUUGGUCAGUCAAGACAGGUGUGCUGAUGUCACUCUGGAGGGACAGGUGUACCCUGGCAAAGGAGGAGGAAGCAAAGAGAAAAAUAAAACAAAGCAAGACAAGGGCAAAAAGAAGAAGGAAGGCGACCCGAAACCUCGGGCUUCCAAGGCAGACGGUCGGGCCGGGAGCGGACGGGAGGACCUGUGACGGGCAGCGUGGUGCUCUGCAGACGGACACACGGACAUGGAGCCCCGCCGGGCUCGGGCGGGGGUGGGCACAGGAAACCACACACCAAAUGACAUUCUGGUUUCUUCUAGAAAUGGUCUGUCCCACUGUCAGUACGAGAAUUAGUAUUUAAAAGCCUUCAAAUAAGAAGACAGGUUUUAUAAGUAGUAAUGUCAGAUACUGACAAAUUCAUGUUUACUAUGGAAACUCCUUACAUGGACUGGACCGUGUUGCUUUUUCCCAUUGAAACCUGGCGAGUCGUGGGCGCUACUGAGGUUCCAUGCCCUUCCUCCGCGCUCUGACUGGGGGCCUGCUGUGCCGUGCUCUUUACUUUCUGUUAACUAAAAGGAUAGCAGAUGCUAAUCAGACAAGUUUUUAAAACUGUUAAUUGAGUCAGACUCUUCUGCCACAAACGUUUUCAUUGCUAUGGCGGUAGGACAUGCUCUGGUGGCCCUGCCUCGAGCUCUGAUACCUAAAUAUAUAUAUACAGAUAUAUAACCAGGCAGCCAGGGCGUGUAAAUCCACAAUCUCUGCAGGCAGAGCAGAACAGAAAAUAAUAUCGCUUGGAAAUCCUGAGUAGUUAACUUCGACCUUUUUUGACUUGAAUUGCACUCAUCAGUUGGAGAGAACUUUUUGUGUGCCUGUCAGGUUUUAUGUGGUCGAUAAAACCUGUUGUGUUUCCUUAUUUAGGAAAGAGAGAUGCUGGGGUCGAGGGUUCAUAGGUUCCAUUCAGUGUGACGGUUUUAGCGUAUACAGAGAAUCAGCUGUGGCCCUGUGGGGUGUGGCAGACGACCCGAUGACCUCAUUUAUUUCUAAGCAUUUCUCUCCGAUAAAGUGCCUAAAUUUGUGGUGGUUUUUUUACGGUACUAACAUGAUGUGCUACUAUUAAUGUCUGAUUUUGCUGUUCAUGUGUCGGAGCCUGCUCUGAGUAAGAGAACAUUUAUAGACAGGUAUCAUUUUUAAGAACUAAAAUUCUUUGGAGAAAACUUAAUUGUGAUUUUAAGAAAUUAAAAAUAGCACAUGUACAGGUUAGAAAAUGUCAAUUAAUGGUGCAAAGUGACAAGCAUAGCCCUCCCUGGUGCCGGUACCUUGUCCCAGUGGAAGCUACUAUUAACAGUUUGAUCCCCACCCUGCCCCCCCAAAAAAGUACACUUACCAGUUUACAGUGA